GCGUCGCCUGGUGGCGGGUUAGCGUUUUCCCGCCUUUUCCUCCUCCGCCUCCAGGUUCUUACGACGGACCAAAGGAAGCAGUUACAUCAGGGAGAUGGAAAGGGCGACAGCUGCUUCUAGCGCGCCAGAAGAGGACGGCGGCAACGACAGCAACACCUCCACUGGCGGCGAAGAGGGGGAUAGGAACACCGAGGAGCCCGUCGUGUCGCUAGCCGAGGUGCUGGCCGAAAACGAGGAGUUGGAGAAUGAAGCGCGCGCCGUGCUCGGCGGGAGCGACCACGAACGCUGCAGUUACUCUCAGGGUGCUGUAAAGAGGCAGGCAUUGUAUGCCUGCAGUACAUGUACACCACCAGGUGAAGAACCAGCAGGAAUUUGUUUAGCAUGCAGCUAUGAAUGCCAUGGCUCUCACAAGUUAUUUGAGUUAUAUACCAAAAGAAACUUCCGUUGUGACUGUGGAAACAGCAAGUUCAAAAAUCUGCAAUGUAAGCUACUUCCUGAAAAGGCAACAGUGAAUCCAGCAAAUAAAUAUAAUGAUAAUUUCUAUGGAUUAUACUGUGUUUGUAAAAGACCUUACCCAGACCCUGAUGAUGAGAUUCCAGAUGAAAUGAUUCAGUGCAUAGUUUGUGAAGAUUGGUUUCAUGGAAGGCAUCUUGGUGUUGUCCCUCCAGAUAGUGGGGAUUUUCAUGAAAUGGUAUGUCAGACUUGCAUGGAUCAUUGCCCUUUCUUGUGGGCAUAUGCCUCGCGGUUAGCAGUUCCAACUGUGACCAAAGUUAUUGCUGCAGCUGAUAAUGGAUCUGUGCUGAAUGUUGAAGAAACUGGAAUAAUUAAAAAUGAAAACAGUGUAGAUCAAAUGAAGACUGAAAAGAAAAUAGUACAAAUUAAUGAACCAUCCACCAGUUCUGGCAAUGAAUGUUCAGAGUCAGUUAAGAAGGAAAUACUCACUUGCAAGCUGCAAGAACUUCAAACCAAGCAGAACCUGAAGCAAAGCACAGCUACCUUUUGGCCACACAACUGGCGAAACAAAUUGUGCACCUGCAAAGAAUGUAUGAAAAUGUAUUCUGAUAUGGAAGUCCCAUUCCUAACAGAUGAAUGUGAUACUGUCUUGGCUUAUGAAAAUAAAGGGACAAAUGACCAAGAAGCAGAUAGAAGAGAUCCUCUAAUGGACACACUUAGCAGCAUGAACAGAGUACAGCAGGUAGAACUCAUCUGUGAGUACAAUGAUUUGAAAACAGAAUUGACAGACUAUUUGAGAAGAUUUGCAGAUGAAGGAACAGUUGUUAAACGAGAGGACAUUCAGCAAUUUUUCGAAGAAUUUCAGUCUCGAAAGAGGAGGAGGAUAGAUCAGAUGCAGUACUACUGUAGCUAGACUAGUUUGGAGGUCUUAAAAGACUACAUAUAUAACUCUCACUGCUAAAUUCUGGGGUUUCCCUCCCAAUUUAAAUCUAACGUCUUGUUCAUCUUGAUUUGUGUCCUAGAAAGCAGAGCUUAUUAUUUGCAGCCAUAUGCAUACACCAAUUUCCUAGUAACUAUCAUGGAUUCACAGAAUGUAACUUGUGUCAAAGAAGGGGUUGGUUAGUGUUCAGAAGAUACAUAUUUAGGAAGUAUAUUGAUCCCCUCCUAAGAUAGUAUAAGUGACAAAAAUCUUUUUAUGACUAAAGGAAAAACCUAGAUAAAUGUACUUAAUGGAUUAGCAUUCAGGGUCAAGGUACUCCUUUCUCAAAGAUUUAUUUUGAAUGCAAGAUUUCAUAUCCGCUUGGUUUUAGUGCAUUCAUUUAUAGUAUAUUCUGCUAGCUGUUGCUAUGAAAAAACGAUUUGGAUUAUUAUAUGGCUUGCUGAAAUAGUUGAAGUACAACUUUUAGCUAAAAUUAGACAUUCGUGACUUUUUUUGAGUCCAGAAUACAUAUUACAGACAGCAGUUACUGAUAGGCAAUGAUUGUACAAAGGUUUAGUGAUAUUAUCACCAAUGUUUUAACUGACUACCAGUGUAGAAUGUGUAAAUUGCUGUUUGGUAGGUGACAAUUAUCAGGUUAUCCAUUGACUUUUUAAAACUGAAAGGAGUAUCUGAAAACGUAUAUAAUGUAAUUGUAAAUGUUUAGGAAGAACAGCCUACAAAGCUAUUUACCAAACUGUAAAAUAUGGCUGUGAUCUUUUGUAAUUACGUUAGAGAAUGCAAGCCCUUAAUACUGCAAAGAAUGUUAAAAACUUCAUGUAAGUGCAUCUAUUUUCUAUUGGUUAAAUUUAUCACCUAACUACUAAAGAUUCACAGCAUUCACAUGCUGUAGACCAAUACCUCAGUAAAAUGUUUAAAGUUGGCGAGUGUUGUAAUAGCAAAGCGUAGUUCUAAACAUUUAAAGCUGAAAGUACAUUGUGCUUUUGCUCAUCCAGUAGUGUGCUUCAGCCUGAUUCCCAUCCUCACAGAGUUUUGAAAAGGAAUGAUAAUCCUCAGCUUUUCAUUGGUUAUGAUUUUUCUCUCUAGUUAUAUUUUAAAUUAAUUAAAAGAGUCACUACUAUAUGUGGUUCUCUUGAGUGCAGUGUGGCUUUAUAUUGCUGUUAGGAUGGUAUGAAAAAUAACAAACAUGAUUGUCAUGAAUAUCAGUUACUGUACUUGCCAGAUUAGAGCUAAUAAGCAAUUGUUCUACAUAAUUACAGAGGGUUUUUUUUUAAGAGUGUGUGAUGCAAUAUGGUAAAUAUGCAUUGAAGAAAUGUUAUCAGGCAGGGUGUUUCAGUUUCGGCAAUCUUUCAUAACACAAGAGGAACCCUCCAAGUAUUGCCAACUGCAGUUUACUAUUUUUUACUACUGGCAAACAUAAUAGGCAGAAGGAUAUCAAAAUCUAUCCCUGCUAGAGAGCAACACCAAACAAAAAUUACCCCAAUAAACUUGAAUUAUGACUGGUUUAGGAUGUUAAAGUGCCAAAAUGAUUAUCUUUUCUACUCUGCCCAGUAAGGAAUCUGAAAGUCCAGACAUAGAUCAACCAUUUGAUCUAAGCAAACUGUAAUAGAAUUCAAUUAAAUUGAUGAAUUACGCUGAUUUAUUGUAACUAUUUGAGCAAACAGGAAAUAAAUUACUUUUCUAAAGAACAGGUAUCUGCACCAGCAUACAAAAUCUUUCAUGCACAAAAAUAGGAAUAAGUUGUCUCCGAAAUACUUUUCCCUUUGUUGUUUCACUUUUAUCACUGUCAAUUUACUAAUAAAGUUGCACAUGGGUUCUUCUUAGCUACCUUUGUAUUUGGACACCACUCACAUUACUGUUUUGAUAAGUUGUGAGUGUAAAAUGCAGCAAUGUGGGGAAUGUUUUGGUACUAUAGAGCCUACCAGUCAUCUCAAAGGCAAGCAAUGCAGGCUGGAGUGCCUAGCCUGACAUACUUUGCAGUAUUUAUAGUCUAUGAGGCUAUUUAAAUCCUGGAUAUUCUUUUUAUAUGUCAGCCUUGCCCAAGGUGAAGUAUAACCAGUGAUGGCUUAAUAGUAGGGUCAUUCAUGGAAAGGAAAAUGUUUUGUACCAAACCUGGAACAAACCAUCACAUUCCAGAAGUUCUGCCAAGCCAUUUUAGAUAAGCUGCAGUUGAGCAGGAACAAAAGACUGAAUAAUGUGAUUAUUAUGAGUUUGGGCUAAACCAAAAUCCAGAUAUCCUGAGUGAUUCUACAAGGCAAGUAGGAUAAGCCUGGUGUGCAUCACUCCCUUCAGCAGUCUCCAGUGUGGAUAUCCCACCAACCUGCCUACCUCUCCAAAUCUUCCCACUACCUUCCCUUCUUCAACCACUGCUGCCAAUGUCCUUAACUAUAUCCCUGCCCUGUACCACUUCUUCCCAGAACAAAACCAUCCAUUUUGUUCCAUAUGUGGACCAAAAUGUACUUCAGUUUGGACAUGGAUUACUUGAAAUAUUUUGUGCAUCCAUAUUUAUAUUACCACAAUCCUGUUAGUGGCCUGACUUAAUGACUGGCCAGAAAUCAAGUGAGCUCCAUAAUAUACAAUACACUUGAACAUGAUGUAGAAUACACUGUAUUAAGGCAGCUUUGGUAGGCCAUGAUCCUUAAGGUGAUUCAAUCAGUUUGAAUACCGUGAGUUCAUCGAAAGGCGGAGUCGUCAUUAAUAGCUGAAGUGUGGUAUGGUUAGCUUCCUCUCAUACAGUAACUAUUAUAGUCAACACUUUCAAUGCAGAUGAGACAAAGAGAAACCCCUUUUAAUACCUUGCUUAAAAGUGGUUCUCUUGAAUGGUAUCUUUCCAACUAUAAAACAAAUCUGUAAGCCACAGUAUAGAAUUAGAGCCAAUUAAAGCAACACACGGCACUGACCAAGCUUCUUCAGAACUCCUUUAGCCUGAAAGUUAAAACAGUAUGGAAGAUAAGCAGAAGGGUAGGCAUAAUGGAAAAAUCCUAAAAUUUGAGAUGAAUUUUAUGAAUACACUGAAGAGAGUAGGUUGUCUCCUUGAAAUCUACAUUUUGUGGUAUACCUACCUCCAUAAUCUUCCCAAUUAUUUGAAAACACAUGCUUGAGGUCUUCAUCAUGGUCUUUUUCUUUUCCUUGUUUUUCCCUUUAAUGUUCAUUAUUUGGCACUUGAAUUGUUUCAAAUAAAGAUAUUGCCUACUGUA